AUGAAGUUCGCCUUCGCAGCCACGCUGUUGCUGACCGCAAUUUCGGGCGUCGCGGCCGUUGGGUGGCCGUCAAACGCUGGCUACUAUCACGGAGCAGAAGGCAUCGUGCCCCCGGGACCCUGGGAUGAGCCCGACGCCCGAUCCAAGUGCAAGUAUAGUAGGGGGAGACAAGUCGGGGGUGGACGGCGGUCGCGUUUCCAUAUCCGGAUCAAGGACUUCAAAGGCGACGCCCCCUCCUUCUGCCAUAGAUUUUGGAAUGACCUGAGAAAAUGGGGUCUUAUUUGCACGCCCAACUCGUUUGAGACCUGGAAGCCUUUCUGUGGCAUGGAGGAGGGCGACCUUGCCUGGAGGUUCGAGAACAGCAUUAGGUGUAACGAGGGCAUGGUCGCAUCCACCUUUUGGGAGGUGACCAAGAACGAGUGGGGAGGCAUCCUCUGCAGAGACUACGCCGUCGAUGAACAAGACGGCGCUUGUGCACACUGCCCCCUCAUGAGCGAGCCUUUCUGGGCCCACACCAUCUACGACAAGUUCAAGGAUGACAAGAAGGAUGACAAGAAGGAUGACAAGAAGGAUGACAAGAAGGAUGACAAGAAGGAUGACAAGAAGGAUGACAAGAAGGAUGCCAAGAAGAAUUACGAGAUGGAUGCCAAGAAGAGUGACGAGAAGAACGACGAGAAGAAUGGCAAGCCUGAUGACGACUCCGCCGACCACCUCGACGAGGACUUAUUUGACGACUCCGUCGACGACCUCGACGAAGACUUCUUUGACGAAGACCUCUUUGACGAAGACCUCUUUGACGAAAACCUCUUUGACGAAGACCUCUUUGGCGAAGACCUCUUUGGCGAAGACCUUUUUGGCGAAGACCUCUUUGACGACUCCGCCAACGACGUCGACGGAGACUUAUCUGACGCCUUCGUCAACCUUGACGAGGAUGACGAGAAGGAACACGAGGGCCUUAUUGGCAAGGAAUUCGAAGCCUGA